CCAUUCUGUGUUUCCUGGUGAGUGCUCUGGGGAUAACAGCUGGAUCUCACCGUCUCUGGAGCCAUCGGUCCUACAAAGCCACGCUGCCCCUGCGGAUCUUCUUGACUAUUGCAAACUCCAUAGCCUUCCAGAAUGAUAUCUAUGAAUGGGUCCGGGACCACCGCGUCCAUCACAAGUUCUCCGAGACAGAUGCAGACCCUCAUAACGCAAUGCGGGGCUUCUUCUUCUCCCACAUCGGCUGGCUGCUGGUGCGCAAGCACCCAGACGUCAUAGAGAAGGGCCAGAAGCUGGACCUGAGCGACAUAAAGGCUGACAAAGUGGUGAUGUUCCAGCGGAGAUACUACAAGCCCUCAGUGGUGUUGCUGUGCUUCACACUGCCCACCGUAGUGCCCUGGUACUUCUGGGAUGAAUCUAUCAUCAUCAGCUUCUUCAUUCCAGCCAUCCUGCGCUACACCAUAGGACUUAAUGCCACAUGGCUCGUGAACAGUGCGGCUCACAUGUUUGGCAACCGGCCAUAUGAUCAGCACAUCAACCCACGGGAGAACCCCCUGGUCAGCCUGGGGGCCCUAGGAGAAGGCUUCCACAACUACCACCACACCUUCCCCUACGACUACUCCACCAGUGAGUUUGGCUGGCGCUUCAACUUAACCACAGCCUUCAUCGACCUCAUGUGCCUCCUAGGGCUGGCCAGCGAUCGCAAGAAGGUCUCCAAGGAGGUCAUCCUGGCUCGGAAAAUGCGGACUGGAGAUGGGAGUCACAAGAGUGGCUGAGUUCCUGCUCCCCUUCACACACACAUCCACACCUCUCCUUCCGCCUUUUUUCUCCCUUUCUCCCUUCCUGACCCCUCUGAACACGCUGGACAAAGGUUUAAUGUUCUGUUUACUAACUACUGAAUAAUGCUACCAGUUUGCUUAAGAUAAUGAUAAUGAGUUUUAACCCCCCUCCCAUGCUGUAUUUUACGUGAUGUAUUUAAGAUCUAGGACUCUGCCUUUGUAACGCAAGGCUACCCCUUUCCCGCUCUCCUUUUCCCUUCCAUUCUUCCUUUCUAGCCCCCCUACCCCAUCUCCCGCUUUAUGUCAUCCUGGUCUCUCCCUGGCAGAGGAGCUGGUAGGAAGCAGCCUGGGGAGGCCGAUAGCAGCCGGCUACGUACCAUGGAGUUAAGGGAAGCCUGUACCAGCCAGCUGAAGAGUUGGGCCAAAGUCAGUGACCCUCUCC